GGAGGCGGGCGGCCGCGGCUCGUCAGAGACCGAGGUAGAGAAGGGUGAGGAGGGGAGCGGCCAAAGUGGAGAGGGUUCCGCAGCAGCUAGAGCAUGCUCUCCAUGCAACAGUUCCCUGCCCUGCCUGCGGAGGAGGAGCGCUACCGGCAGGUUCUCUCCGCCAGCCGGGUCUUAGGAACAGAUGAGCAUAAUAUGGGGGAUGGUUGCUCUCAGAAACUGGCUUCUGCCAAGUUCCUUCGACUUUUGCUCCUAAUACUGAUUCCGUGCAUCUGUGCCCUUAUCCUUUUGUUGGUGAUCCUGCUUACCUUUGUAGGGGUGUUAGAAAAAACAUGCUUUUAUUCAAAUGGAAGCGAGGUCCUCACAGUUAACAGUGACAUUGAAACUUCUGAUGUUCUUUUGCCAAACAUGGUUGAAAACAGUUCCAAGAUUGAGCCCACAAUGGAUCUCGGCACACUGCCCUCUUCCUGGACCACUGCGCCUUUAUCUCACAUUGACCAAAUAAACAAGAACUCAAAUAUAUUUAGAGAGACUUUCCAGGAAAAUUCAUUUGCUCUCACAAGUCAAGCCACAGUACUCAAUCCUCACCCUACGUAUGAUGCUGCUUUGGCAGAAGGCUCUGAAGACAGCACCCAGCUGUUUGCCACUGCAAAGGAGGUGACUUUGUGGUCUGCAGAUGCAUCCUUUAACAACACAGAGAGGAUGACCACUCUGCCAGUAUUAGGUCCUACCCGUCCAUCUGUGUCACAAAAAAUGGAUCGGAAAAAAAGUGCCUGCAUAAAUAUCACCAACAGCCAGUGCCAAAUGCUGCCAUAUAACUACACCACUAUAACUUCAGUUCUUUCUAUUGUCAAAAGUAUUGAAAUGGAAAAGUUCCUGAAGUUCUUCAGUUAUCUCAAUCGUCUCAGCUGCUAUCAACACAUCAUGCUGUUUGGCUGCAGUCUUGCUCUUCCUGAAUGCAUCAGUGACGGUGAUGACAGUCGAGGCCUCUUGCCCUGCAGGACAUUUUGUGAGGCAGCAAAAGAAGGCUGUGAACCAGUACUGGGUAUGGUAAAUGCUUCUUGGCCAGAAUUCCUGAAGUGCUCUCAAUUCCAAAAUGAAACUGAAAAUGACACCACUACAAGGGUAUGCUUCUCACCACACCAAGAAAAAGGAAAGCAGUCACUGUGCGGAGGAGAGGAGAGUUUCUUGUGUGCCAGUGGGAUCUGCAUCCCAGGGAAACUGCAGUGUAAUGGCUACAAUGACUGUGAUGAUUGGAGUGAUGAGGUCCAUUGCAACUGCAGUCAUGAUGUAUUUCGUUGUAACACGGGAAAAUGCCUAAAUUAUACCUUUGUUUGUGAUGGAUAUGAUGACUGUGGAGACCUUAGCGAUGAACAGAACUGUGAUUGUAACCCAGUGACGCAUCAUCAGUGUGGAGAUGGGAGAUGUAUAACAGCUGAUUGGGUAUGUGAUGGUGACCAUGACUGUAUAGACAAAUCAGAUGAAAUCAAUUGCUCAUGUCAUAGUCAGGGUCUGGUGGAGUGCAGAAAUGGGCAGUGCAUUCCUAGUGCAUUCCAGUGUGAUGGAGAUAAUGACUGUAAAGAUGGAAGUGAUGAAGAAAACUGCAGUGAAAGUCAAACCCUCUGUCAGGAGGGAGACCAGAGAUGUACUUCCUGUCCUGAUCCCUGUGGAACUUCCCUCUGUGAGAUGAGAAACAGCCAGACAAACUGCAGUCAGUGUGAACCAAUUACUCUGGAACUCUGUAUGAACUUGCCUUACAACUACACUUAUUACCCAAACUACCUGGGCCACAGGACACAGAAGGAAGCCUCUAUCAGCUGGGAGUCUUCUCUUUUCCCAGCCUUGGUUCAGACCAACUGCUACAAGUACCUUAUGUUUUUUGCCUGUACGAUCUUAGUACCAAAAUGUGACCCCCAUACAAAUCAGCGGAUCCCACCUUGCAGGACAUUAUGUGUACAGUCUAAGGAACGCUGUGAGUCUGUGCUUGGGAUUGUAGGUCUGCAGUGGCCAGAAGAUACUGACUGCACUCAAUUUCCAGAUGAGAACUCAGACAAUCAAACUUGUCUAACACCGGAUGAAGAUGUAGAAGAAUGCUCACCCAGUCACUUCAAGUGCCGUUCUGGGAGGUGUGUCCUGGCAUCCAGAAGAUGUGAUGGUCAAGCUGACUGUGAGGAUGAUAGUGAUGAGGACAGCUGUGGUUGUAGAGAAAGGGGUCUUUGGGAGUGCCCUUUGAAGAAGCUGUGCAUCAAACACACUAUGAUCUGUGAUGGUUUUCCAGACUGCCCUGACAUGAUGGAUGAAAAGAACUGCUCAUUUUGUGAAGAGAGUGAACUUGAAUGUGCCAACCAUGAAUGUGUGCCACGUGAGCUCUGGUGUGAUGGGCAAGCAGACUGCAGUGACAGCUCAGAUGAAUGGGACUGUGUUACCCUGUCUAAAAACAUGAGUUCCUUGACAUUCCUGACCAUUCACAGGUCAGCUGCUGAUAACCAUGUUUGUGCUGAUGAGUGGCAAGAAAAUUUAAGCCAACUGGCCUGCAAUCAGAUGGGUUUAGGAGGACCAUCCAAAACAGAAAUUGUAAUAGAGAAUGAGGAAAUGCAGCAUCAAAAGUGGCUGAAUCUGCACUCAGACUGGAAGAAUAAAAAUGCAUCCACUUUACAUGCACUUCUAGUGAAUGGACAGAUGUGUCGAAGCAGAAGCAAAGUGGCUCUCUUUUGCACUAAAGAAGACUGCGGCCGUCGCCCAGCUGCUCGCAUGAACAAGAGGAUCCUUGGUGGUAGGACCAGUCGCCCAGGCCGAUGGCCAUGGCAGUGCUCCCUGCAGAGUGAGCCAAGUGGACACAUAUGUGGCUGUGUUUUGAUUGCGAAGAGAUGGGUCUUGACAGUAGCACACUGCUUUGAAGGGAGAGAAAAUGCAGCUGUUUGGCAAGUAGUGUUUGGGAUUAGCAAUCUUGAUCACCCAUCAGGCUUCAUGCAGACCCGACUAGUGAAGACCAUUAUCCUUCAUCCACGCUACAACAGAGCAGUUGUAGACUAUGAUAUCAGCAUUGUGGAACUAGACGAGGAUAUCAACGAGACAAGCUAUGUAAGACCUGUCUGUUUGCCCAGCAAGGACCAGUUGGUUCGGCCAGAUACCUACUGCUAUAUCACAGGCUGGGGACACAUGGGCAACAAAAUGCCUUUCAAGCUUCAAGAAGGAGAGGUUCGCAUCAUUCCCUUAGAGCAAUGCCAGUCAUACUUUGACAUGAAAACCAUCACCAGCAGGAUGCUGUGUGCUGGCUAUGAAUCUGGCACUGUGGACUCUUGCAUGGGUGACAGUGGAGGACCGCUUGUGUGUGAGCAACCUGCAGGGCGCUGGACUUUGUUUGGUUUAACAUCUUGGGGCUCUGUCUGCUUUUCCAAGGUUUUGGGACCUGGAGUUUACAGUAAUGUGUCACAUUUUAUUGAGUGGAUUGAAAGACAAAUAUACAUCCACACCUUUCUGCUAAACUAACUCCAGAUGGUAAGAAUUGUGCUGACAGACAAAAGAAAAAAGGAAUCAGCACUUCAACACUGAAGAUUUUGCAAUCCAGAAACUCUGUGAAAAGGAGUUUCAAGCUCUGUCUAUUCUUGUUGUAGAGCUAUGGAAUAUGCAGUGUAUGUUAAUGGUAAACCCUCCGCUGGUGAACAUACUUUGGGGUAGAAUUAAUAAUCCUUUUGACUUUUCUUUUAACUGUGUUGUGGUGCUAUUCCAAACACAGCAAAAGGCAUAAAAGAAAAGAAUCAGCCACUUCCUGCCUUUCAGCUAUUCAAACUAAGCAGUAGCACAGACUAGAAAAACCUUUUUAGAUAACCUGGUUUAAUACCACACAAUUAGUAGCAUAUGCAUUUUCACUCACUACUUGUCAUGAGGAAUGAACUCGGUGCAUUCAGAUGGCACUGACAGGAUGUAUAUUCACAAGGGCAACACCAGGCAUGGCCACACCACGUGCUGGAGGGUGUGGGAGAGAUAACCAGUUUGUAUGUCCAUGUGGCACAGAGUACAUCGAAGUACAUGUGCAGAUCUCCAAACGUGCGUGGCAGUGUGCUGCCGGUGUGCCUGAGCUAACACAGUCUGUUCCUCAGGGUGGCUAACUUGCAUGGGCAUAACCCUGUACCAUCCUGACUCCACAGCUGCUGUUCCCAGAGCUAGCCUGGGUAUCUCUGUGGGGUGAUGGAGGGACCAGUAGGCCAACAGCCCUAUAACUACCACUUGAGGCACCCAAGACCAAAACUUAGUUGUUCAGACACUUUGGACAGUUUCUACCACGUAAUUUUCUGAAGCUUCCAAUGUCUUAAUGUGUCCAGGAAACACCCGUGUCUUGACAGCACUACACUGACUAGCGCAUUUAUCAAACCUAUGGCCCACUGGCUUUUUUCCCUAUUUUGAAUACUAUGUUCAGCCUGUAAAGUGUGCCUUGACCAUCUCCAGCCCUCUAAAAAUGUAACAGGGACAGCAACACCACUGCAGCAGUUCCCCCUCCUACAGUCAGCCACAUCCCAAAUACUAGGAAACUGGGUAUUUUUGGAUAAGUCUCUUCUAGUAUCUUGCAUUGAAAGUUUCAUUUUGCUUAGCAAGAUUCAAACAAUUGGGAGAAAGAAAUCUGAAUGACAGACAACUUGGAUUCCAGCUUCCAUUCAAAUGAGUAUUAGAAAUAUGUUAAGCAAAGUACAACAGCUUCAUCAGCAAAGGCUCAAAGAGCUCUGCUGAAGUGCUUGGUAGCCUGACAGCGGAGUGCUCUGUGCAGAAGGUAAGAGGCUAAGCCUUGACUCCAAGAGAAUCCGGUUUAAAAAAAAUUAUAAUGGAGCUUGGCACCUCUUUAUGGUGCUAGAGGGGAGGUGUGUCUCAUCAGCUGCUGUACAUGCUGUCCUGCGCAGCUCACAGCUUUUGGGAAGCCCAAGUAGGAGGAGUCAGGAACCUGAGGAUUACAGGAUCAAUUUCACCAGAGAGCAAUGCAGUUAAAAAUUUGUGUGUUUUCAGUGCUGUGCCUGGUCCCCUGUGAAUCCAGCCUAAGGCAUAUAAUUACCCUCUCUGCUACCUCUGGCGUGCUCUCAUGACAACAGGGCAGGACCUUGACAAUAACAUGACUGCUAUAUGUGGAAACAUGCAUUAAAAGAGCUAACUAAGGGACAUUUCAGGUACUAUUAAUCAUGUUACAACUAAUCUACAUAGAUCUGACUAUUGCUUUAGUGAAGGUUUACCUCUUAUUUCCAUAUCUUCUCCUUUAAUAUGCCUAAUGCUAGACAUACUAGACAGCGCUCUAGACACCAUUAUUAAUAAAUAUUCAAUAUUUAUGUUACGGAUUCUGAAACUCUAUUUAAGUGAGUAUUGUAUCACUGUUUCAUGCUCAGAAAGAAAACCCUUCUAGGCUUCGCUAGGUUUGGGUUUGGUUUUUUUUAUAUAUUAAAGAUUUUGUUUUUACUAUAACCUAUAAAUGCUCUUCUUCCCCCAGCUAUAAAUGAGAGAAAGCAGCUGUGGCCACGUUUUACCAGUGCAAGCAGAUUACAGAUGAAGCAGGUUAUUGAUGCCCUUGCCUCAAAGAUACAGAAGCUGGAGCUCUCAGUCCCCCACUUCAGCUUUUCUCUGGGGCCAGGAUCUCUGCAGCUGUAGGGUGGCACCGUUCAAAGUCCUGAAGCCAAUUACGAAAAGUUACCGGAGCAGGGGGCCCAGGGGCUGUCAGAGCCAGCCCACCCCACUGUCCAUCUGACGUGUCUGGUGACAGGCAGGUUUCAGUGAGGUCUGUUUUCCAGAAGUAAAAACAAAGAGGUGCUGUUGUAAAAUGAACAGUCCAGCCUGAUAUUACUCUACCAGAUGAAGUGGUUAGCAGCUUUGAAUUUUGUAAAGCACUGGCGUACAUAUAAUCAUUUAAUGUAGAUAUUAGCAUUACCAAAUGAUAUGUUAUUACACAUUUUAAUUAACUGGGUUUGGCCUGCCACCAGUUUCCAAGCAGUCCCUCCCAGGAAAUGAGGGAGAGUCCUGCUUAAACAUAUGGUCCAGCCCCCUACUGUAUGGGAUCAGUCCUGGAAGAAAUUACAGGCUGAGCCCUAUCCCAAACGGCUUUAGGAGGGAGCAGUUGGGUCCUUUCCUUCCCCACAACUGUCUGACACAACAUUCCAUGUAAAGAGGAAAUUUGUAAUUUUAUAAAUGUAUUUUUAUACUGCCUUUUUUAUGUGCGCACAAGAAAUAGGCAAACAUACUCCUUCUACUGUAUCAAGCCUUUCCCUGUGUGCUGACAUAACGGCUAUGAUCACAAUUAACACCAUUUCUCUUACAAGUUUAGCCUCACUGUAAGGUAACAAUUGUUGGUUUUACUUCUACCACAGCUGUAGCUCCAAAUGGAAGCAAUGUCACACAGUCAAGCAGAUGUAUUUCUUUCUAGCUGUACUAAUAAAAAUCUACAAUCAUUUUCCAAGUAA